AUGUGGACUUUGGUCUCGCCCAGCCCAGCUGUUGCAUCGGGCUCGAAUGAAUACGUCUUGCCAAACGAGGGCGUUGCUCAUAUUGUUCUGGACGAACACGCCAUCGCCGGACCGUUUGGUGUCAAGUUGGAAGCCGUCACGGAAAAAUUGGCUAUAGCACCUGGCCGAGCGCAUGCAACUUCUUCGCCAACCGCCAGGUUUGAGUUGCAGCCACGCAAUGACAAUCACUCAGAAGCAAUAUUUCUCCGCCAUGGCGAUACAAUACACUUUUCCUCGUUGAAGUCAAGUUUUGCAUGCCAAUGGACCGACUCUGAGGUCCAGGUCAACUCAUCGGCCGCCCCUGAUGCUCGUGCCAUAGCUGCAACACCUGGGGAUGAGACUGGGGAUGAGACUGAGGAUGAAGACUUGAAUGAACCCGCUACUGCUGUGUCAGCCCAAAAUAAAGAGUCCCACCCUCGAGCGACCCCACAACUUCUACAUCAACAAUCCUUGGUAGUUCAAGAGACGCCAAUGGCAGCCCGAGUCAAUAGCGCGUCAAAUUCCAUGACAGUCAACAUUGACCCUCCAAAAUUUACCGAUAACAUGGCUGAUCCAGUGGAUAAAACGCCCAACCCAUCACAAAAGCCAGUGACCGAGUCGGAUCCCGUAACAGAGACCUUUUCCACAGCUCGUACUGGCGAGUCACAGACCAAGUCGGCAGCAGCUCCCAAGGGGCUACAAAACGCGGAUAUCCCUCCGUCGGCUGACGCUUCAAUGAUGGGAACCGUUGCCAGCAAACGCGGAACUCCACUUCGCACAAGAAUUAAAAGCUCUCCUCAGGUCCAGAUUCCGCCGAGAUCGACCAGAAAGCGCAGUACUUCUGCUGUCGAUGAAGUUUCACAGCCUGAAGAUGAAGCACGUGCAGGGCCUAAUAAACGUACAAAGACAAGUAAUGAUGAUGACAUUCAUGACAGUCAAGCGAGCAGUAUCGUCGUGAAAUCACAAGGAUCUACAAAAAACAGAAAGGAGCGGAUGACGGACGUUGCUGAGACGGAUUCGGAAGAAGAAGAUUUCACACGAUCUCCCCGAAGCUCUGGACAGUCGACACCUGUCAUAACAGAAGCUUACGACGGGCCUCCACCAAGAGUAGCUUCUAGCAACUCUACAAUCACAAAAAACAGUCAGGCUGUCAAGCUGCUGAAGAAGCAAGGGGGAGCAUAUGUCGAAAAACUUACUGAAAACUUCGACGUAUUAUGUGUUAGAGAUGGAGAUCUCCAGAAGAAGACAAAGGUACUAUAUGCCCUCGCUCAUGGAAUUCCCAUUGUCACGGACGCGUGGCUGCUGGAUUCCGCAAAAAAAGGGCGUCUGCUCUCCUUGUCGGCUUACAAGCCCUCCACUUCCAAGCAAGAGGAGGAGUGGAAAUUCAAAUUCGAUGAUGUUUUUGGCAAACCACAAACGCCUUUCAAGGGCUAUACCAUCCAUUUCACAAAAAGCCUCAAGGCUGUGUACGAGUCGUUUUCCGAAGUCACGGCCGUGUGCAAAGCUGCGGGUGCGAGGAAUGUUACAUCCACCAGGAUGAAUACAACCGGAGAUAACAUUGUACUCGCAAGCAGCUACGAAGAUGAUCCAGAGGCACAGAAGCUGAUCAAGGAUGGCAUAACUUGCUAUACCAAAGAUCUCUUUACCUACAGCAUCUUUCGCGGCAUUCUCGAUCUCGAAAGCGACGAGUUCAAGAUCAACGGGCCUGUCUCCGGUAGCGCAAGCUCCAAAGAGAAUAAUAAGCGAGGUCGGAAGAGUACGUAG